CAAAUCAACAUCGACGAAAGACACAAGCAUUCGGAACCUUUCGUCUCUUGGUUACGUUGUAAAUUCUAGUUCAAAUUCGAACAUAUAUAUGGUAUUCGAGUGAAAUAUUACUAUAGGAGUUACCUUUUAGUUGAAGUUGCGAACUUUUUAGUGAACUUUGGUAUCAAAAGAAAAGAAAAUGAAGCACCAGAAAGCAUUGUUCUGCGUGCUAGUGGCUCUGUUCAUACACGCGAACGAUGCCUCCAGAAUUUUGGGCAUCUUCCCAUACAAUGGCAAGAGCCAUUUCAGGAUGUUCGAUGUUCUGUUCAAGGAAUUAGCAAAAAGAGGGCAUCAAGUCGACGUAAUUAGCCAUUUUCCAUCGAAAACUCCAUUGGCUAAUUACACGGACAUCGUUGACUUAAAUGGAACCCUAAGAACCAUGGUGAACGGUUUAACCACGGAUUAUGGAAAAUAUAUAGAGCGAUCAAUAACUUAUUUCGUAGCUACAACUUUUGGUAAUGAUCUGUGUGAUCUAAUGAGACAUGAAAGAAUGCAGAAAUUCAUCAAAAAUCCACCCAAUGAUCCUCCUUAUGAUCUGAUUAUCGUAGAGUAUUUUGGCUCGCCGUGCUACAUAGGAUUCGGCCAACUUCUGAAUGCGCCAGUGGCCAUCAUCAUAUCGUCCAUGCAAAUGUCAUUCAUCGACGAUAUGAUGGGAAAUCCUACGAGUUACGCCUUCCUCUCCGGUUUCAACAACAAUAAUGCCGUGGUAAACACGUUCUUCGAUCGCCUGUGGAAUUUCUUCAUCAACUACAAGAGUACAUGGAUAUUUCAGCACUACACGGCUGAACAAACCGACAUGGCGAAGCAAUACCUGGGUUUACCUAAUCUACCCGACAUCAGAGAAUUAGAGAAAACUGUAUCGUUGGCUAUAGUGAAUUCGCACUAUAGUUAUUACGGAAUUAGACCGGUCACACCGGCAGUCAUCGAAGUUGGUGGAUUACAUGUCGGAGCAGACAAGUCAAAAUUAAGCCCGAAACUCAAGGAAUGGCUAGACAUGGCAAGCCACGGGGUGGUAUAUUUCUCAUUGGGCUCGCUAAUGAACAUCGAAACGUUGCCAACGGAGACGAUAUUGCAAAUUUACGCGUCGUUCGCGAAAAUUUCACCGGUAAAGGUUUUGUUGAAGAGCGCCAACGCAACGAAGUUACCACCUGGUUUACCCAAUAACGUGCUGACGUUGCCGUGGAUUCCUCAGGUUGCGGUGUUGAAACAUCCAAAUAUGCGAGUAUUCGUAACUCACGGCGGCCUUAUGGGAACCCAGGAAGCUAUCUAUUAUGGAGUUCCUAUGAUAGGAAUGCCGGUAUUCGCUGACCAAAUUAAAAACAUCAACAUUUUGGUUGAGAAGAAUGUGGCAGUUCUAAUAGACAUCGAUGACAUUACCGAACAUACCAUGGACGUUGCGUUGAACGCAGUUUUGUACAAUCCCCGAUACAGAGAAUCUGCAAAGACAAUGUCGAAGAUGUUCAGAGAUCGUCCCAUGACCGCGUUAGACACAGCUGUAUACUGGAUCGAAUAUGUGCUGAGAAAUGGGCCAGAUAGCUUAAGAUCAGCCGCUGUGAAAUUACCUUGGUGGAAGUUGCAUCUACUCGAUGUUUUCGUCUUCUUAUUUGCAUGUUUCACAUUCGCAAUUUAUUUAUUAAUAGUUUUAUUAAAUGUUGUAUUAGCAAGUUUCCAUAAGAAGGUCGUUCGAACAGAGAAAAAGUUGAAAUGAGAAACGGGACAAAGAAUAUCGGCAAAAGCCUUAACAGGGUAGAAGAUUACGCGUUUUUUGCGAGGUGUACUUUCAAAGAAACGCGUCGUUAGAUAAUUUUCUUAACAAAUUCCCUUUGAGAGAUGCAACGAGCUUUUGCCUUUUCUAUGUAGUUGGCUAAUUUUUUACGUAGCAGAGGAAACGAUAAAACUGAGAAGCACUGAAUAGCGAAACGAUGAAAAGCUUUUCUUGAAAAGGACGCGCGUUCCACGCGGUCAAAUUUGUCGAUACGAAAUUUUGGCGAAACGACCGCGCAUUCGUGUAAAUCGUACUCUGGCGUUGCAUCUACAUACAAUGGGAUAUUCUGGAUUUAAAUCGAAAUCAAAUAAUUUAUAUUUCAUUUAUAAACGUCCUUUAGAAAUAUACUAGAAAUAUACUUGAACAUCGUUGAUAUAAAUUCCUAGACAAUUUUAUUCAACUUCAUUCUGUUACACUGUGCCAAUACCUCGCGUGGUAUCUGUUAGAUUGUCCGAACAGUUCCUUUCGUUUCAUAAGUGAAAUAAUUGAUGCACAGCAUUUUUUGUUUCAUGUUAUUUUAUUGAAUUAUGUUUGAUCCAUUUUAUUCUAUUACCACAAAGUGGAUCAUACAUAAAUUCGUAAAAUAAUAUAAAAUAAAAAACGUUGUGCACCAAUUAUUUCACUUAUGAAACGAAAGGAACUUUUCGGACAACCUAAUAUAUAAAUACCUUUGAUGCAAAUUUCAUCGCGAGUUGACGAUAAAUGUAAAUCGAUACACUGUAAAACCAAGAAUACAACAUUCCUGACAAUUAAAGAAAUGGGAAACGUGGGAAAGGAAUCUACGACAAUAAAGGACGCGUUACGCGCGCAAUUGAGAACAGCAACGAAGAGCCGAGCUAAAGGAACUUAACGAUGAAGCCACUUAUAACUCGAUUAAACGAGCCGUUGGAAGUUUGAUCAAGUAUAAUUAAACAUGGACAGGGCCACGUUUAAUCGUAUUAAAAUUACGUAAACAUUUGACAAGUUCUCAAGCAGUUUACCGAGUUCCCAUGCCAGACACUAAACCUUAUUCAUCCGGUAUCAUUGUACGCUUUAGCCUGCGUAAAAUGGGACUGCAACUUCCGACAUUCUCCUUACCGACCAGCUAAACCUGGGGGUGGUUUCUUUGAAUGUUACACGACAUUAAGAAAAGUGCUUUCAUCCGAAAACAAUUUCACUUUUGUAAAUAGUCGAAAAAGGAACAAAAAUACCAUGAAAUUUUGGUAGUUGUGUAGAGUUGCGACAUUUUUCAUCAUUCGGCUCAACGAACCAUUAAUAAUGAGCGUUCACAGAGCACGCGAUGUGGAAAAUUAACACAGCAAACUUGGUGAUAAAUAAUUCGGACGCAAGGUCGAAUGUUCCUUUGAGAAAUAUAUUCGAGACAGAAAGCAGGGAAAUGCCUAUUGAAAUGGCCAGUCUUUCUGUAAUUAACGAAUUUGUUUGCGAGAGACAGAGUUUUAUAGCACGAUUAAUGGGAAUACUUAUGAUGGAUUGCUUCUUCGUUAUGAAUAAUGGAACUGAGAUAAUGGAAUUAUUUUUUGAAAUGUCCGAUGAUCACGGAAUUUGAGAAUUUGGAGAUUCAGAGGAUGCGAGAGUCAAAAAUUUGCAGAUUUUAGCAUUGGAAAAUUUGCACAGGCAGACGUUUGCGAAUUUGAGACAUUAAGUGGUCAGAAAUUUGAAAAUUUUGAUAUUGGAAAAUUUGACAGAUCGAACGUUCGAAAAUUGAAGAGCUUGGAAAAUUAUAACAUUGGAAAAUUGAAAAGCUUGGAAUAUUUAAAAACCUUGCUUUCGCUAUAAUUAUGUUUAUCAAUGAUAAAUAUAGAAAGAAAGUAAACACAAGUAAACGUUUUCUAAAUAUACUCCUAUUAUCUAAAUUGUCGUCGUUUGUGUACAAUUUAUGCUCUAUAGAAUUUUCCUCUUUGUACUUUCUUCGUUUCCACCAGCAAAGUAUAUAAUCGAAAGCAAACCACGCAAACUAUAUAAUUAUAAGUAAAAAUGAACAGAAACGUGAGAAUGAACUCUACUCGUUGUUUUCUUCAAGAUAAUAUUUUAA